UGUAGGCAUGGAGAGGAGCACAGCGACUCGGUCUCAGCCGUGUCUAAUGCGAUGACAGCUGAUUUUACGGAGACAGAGACGUGGGGCCGACGUGUCAACAAUGCUUUCCUGGCCAUUACUGAAAAAUUAAAACACGUUUCUCCGGGAAGAUAAUGAGACUGCGCAGAGCUUCGGGGCAGAGGGAGGUGCUGGAGCUGCUCUAAAAGUUGUGUCGAGGAGGAAAGCAACUCCGCCAGCACAUCACCAGGCUGAGGAAAGUUGGAUAUCUAGUCUGACUGGAUCUAACGGCCCUUUUCCCACGUUUUUCCACUGGACUCGGACUCUCAACAGGUUAUGAGUAAUGGAAGCAGGAUCUGUGGUGCGUGCCGUGUUCGAGUUCCUCCCCAGUGUAUCUGAGGAGCUGCCGCUCUUCACCGGUGAUGUCAUCGAGGUGCUCAGUGUCGUGGAUGAGUUCUGGUUGCUUGGUAACAAGGAUGGCGUCACAGGUCAGUUUCCCAGCACGUUUGUGGAAGAGGUUACCAUUCCCAGCACCAAACCUGGAGAUAGACUGUAUGUGUGCAUCAAUGAUUUCAGCUCAGCAGAGUCUGGAAACCUUCCCUUGAAGAGAGGUGAUGUGGUUGUCGGAGAAGCAGGGGGCUCCAUAGACCUGGGAGACACCUGGCAGCGUGGUUGUAAUGCCUGGGGCGCUCGUGGCCUCUUCCCCACAUCAUGCGUAAAGGAGCUGAACCUGUCGGGUCGUUCCAGGCAGCUAUCUGAACGGUCGGCUCAGGCACAGGCUUUAGAGCUCCCUCCUUAUGCCCUUGGUCAAGCCCGGGCUCUUAUGAGCCUCCAUGCUCAGCUCAACGAGGAGCUGGACUUCCGCGAGGGCGACUUGAUCAUCAUCACUGGUCUGCCUGAGCCAGGCUGGUUCCAGGGGGAGCUGGAGGGCCGCCGGGGUAUCUUCCCAGAGGGUUUUGUGGAGCUCCUGAGCCCUCUCCGAUCACCUCAGGAGCCCAUAGACUACCAGUAUUUGAACAAUGAUUCUGAACAGUUUGGCUAUGAGGAUGCUUAUGAUGCAGGAGAGGGGACGGAGGAGGAAGGAGAGACUUUCCAGAAAGAGGAGGAGCAGAAAGAGGCGAUAGAAGAGGAGGAGGAGGGUGGUGUGUAUGUAGUGGCCCUGUAUGAGUUCAGGGCGAUGGAACUGGGCGAGUUGGACUUUGAUACGGGAGAUCGCAUCCGCCUUAUUAACACUUUGGAUGAUGGUUGGCUGGAGGGGGAGCUGCACGGGCGACGUGGUAUUUUUCCUCAUCGAUUCGUCAAAAUGGAGGAUAACGAGCAGCAACAGACAGAGGAAACAAAUGUAAUCGAACCUGAAGAAGACAAAGACACUAGCUCUACUUCUGACUACAGCUCUGGUCUUUUAUGUCCCAAUGGAUCAGAGAGCGAAUCUGACUGGAGGCCUUAUGAGGAUCACACAGUGUGGGACCUUGACUACUUUGAGAGGACAGAGGAGGAGAGGCGGCAAAGUGAAAAAAAAAGCAGUGAAGCUCAAAGCACCAACAGAGGACAAAGAGAUGGGAGCACCAGGCCUGAGGCUCAACCACGUAGACCUGCUCCAGUACAGAGUCGGCCAGAGAGACCCAAAUCUACUCCCCCGGCAAGGCCAAGACUCCCAGCUCGGCCUAGCCUUCCUGCACGCAGCCACAGGAACAGUAGUCCACCUUUAAAUAGAUGUAGUUACACUAAUGGGAACAAUCAGCCCUCACGUCCCAAGCUAACCCAUAGUCUGACCCUUCCUAGAACUCAUCCUGGUUGGUCUAAAAAUAGCAGAUUCCAAGAAAGGCCAACAACAAAUGGUACCAAUACCAAUAAUGGAUCUUCCAGUCUUGGGCAGGUGUUAUUUAACCUUGCUGAGAGCCACAUGCAGAAGAAGCUAACUCGCCAUGCGAGUGUAAGCGAUGCAGAUUUGAUGAGAGGUAGCUCUGAGAUGCCUCAUCGUUCCAGUCAAACGAUGCAUAGCUCUAAUGGCUCCAAUGGUUUCUCGCUAACAUCUAUGACCUUAGAUGCACUUGCAACCUCAGCUGGUGGCUUGGAAGCCAAGUUAUCACAGCAGCUUUUUGAGUUUGAGAAAAGCUUGACAACAUCUCACAGUGAUUCCAUCGUGACUUCUGGUGCUCAAAGGGAACCUUCUCUUGAGGGUCAGAACCAGCAAUCCCAGAUCUUGCGCCACUUUUCCAUUUUGGACUACAGCGAUGAAAACGAUAUAAUCCGAGGUUCCUCACAUUCGCCAGUUUCCCACCUCUUGCAGUCCAACUCUGCUAACUCCUCUCUAGAAAGACACAGAACCCUUCGCCCUCCUCCUCCUCGCCCUCGAGUUAUUCGUCCCCAAUCCCAACCUGCAUAUAAACCUGCCCGUCCUCCUCCACGUCCCCCUCCUCGAUUCCCAAGACAAAACACUGCUCCUCCAGCCACCAACAGCCACAUCUUCUACACCCCUGACGAAGUGGAUGCAAAUGUCUUUGACCAAGUAACCGACACACAAACUGAGUUUGGUGACCUCGCAGCUGCACAGGAACAUGAAAUCCAGUGCCAGCUGGAAGCUGAGAAAGAGCUGGAGAGAGCAAUGGAGUUGGAGAGUCAGCGACAGAGGGAAGAGGAGGAAAAAUACCAGCUGCUGUUACGGCUACAAGAGGUGGAGAACGACAUGGAGGCGUAUGCACAGACAGCCGAGGAGCUCCGGACCAUGCUGGAGGAAGAGGAGGAUGAGACGGCACGCAUGCAGGCCUUGGAGAACCUGGAGUUCUGCAACUAUACGCUGGAGACGCUGGCUCUGGAGCAGCAGCAGCUUCAAGAGAUGACCCUCCUCUCCUCCCAACCUAAAACCCUCGACUCCACCCCAACCUCAGACUCCAGCCCCAUCACUGGCACGGGCACAGAGGACCCUGAGCAGAGGAUGCUGGAGAAGAGGUCCAAAGUCAUAGAGGAGCUGCUGCAGACAGAGAAGGACUACAUCAAAGAUCUGCAGAUGUGUGUGGAGGAGAUCAUCGAGCCUCUGCAGAGGAAGCAGGUGAAAAACGUUGACUUUGACGGCCUCUUUGGAAACAUCAACUCUGUGAUCGACUUGUCACAACGACUGUCUGACUCUCUGCAUGACACAGACUCUAUCGGGAAAGUAUUUCUGGACUUUAAAGGCGAGCUGGAGGAGGUGUACAAGAUCUACUGCCAAAACCAUGACGAUGCCAUUUCUCUGCUGGAAAGCUACGAGAAAGACGAAAACAUCCAGUGCCAUGUGCUGGAGUGUCUGGAGAGGCUGAGGGCCAUAUACAGAGAGUGGGGGAAAACAAAUUACAUCAACCUGGGCUCUUUCUUAAUAAAACCCGUUCAGCGAGUCAUGCGUUACCCGCUGCUGCUGAUGGAGCUGCUCGGAGCCACACCAGAGAGCCACCACGACCGGCUGCAGCUGACUCAGGCUCUGCAGGCUGUCAAGGAGAUCAAUGUCAACAUCAAUGAGUACAAACGCAGGAAAGACCUCGUGGUAAAGUACAGGAAAGGAGAUGAGGACACGUUCAUCGACAAGAUCUCCAAACUGAGCAUGCACUCCAUCAUCAAAAAGUCCAACCGAGUCAGCAGCCACCUUAAACACCUCACAGGGAUUUCUCCUCAGAUCAAAGAUGAAGCAUUUGACGAGGCAGAGAAGAAGUUCAGGCUGCAGGAGAGGCUCAUCAAAAGUUUUAUUCGAGACAUUUCCUUGUACCUGCAGCAUAUAAGGGAGUCGGCUUCAGUGAAAGUGCUGGCAGCCAUCAGUUUCUGUGACAUCUACACCGAACGCAGCAUCCUUGACCCUGAGCGCUUCCAGAGAGCUCACCGCUGCAUCAGUGACAAACAGUUCACAGAAUUUAAGGAACGCACAGAGGCCUUAGUCAUCAACCCGCUCACCCAGCUGCUCCUCAUGUUUGCUGGACCACACAAACUCAUCCAGAAGCGCUUUGACAAGCUGCUCGACUAUGACAACUGCAAGGAGCGGGCUGACCGUCUCAAGGACCGCCGUGUCCAGGACGAGCUGCAGGUGGCGCGCAACAACUACGAGGCGCUCAAUGCACAACUGCUGGAUGAGCUGCCGAAGUUUUACAUGGCAGCAGAGGAGCUGUUCACUGGCUGCGUGCGGGCUUUCGCUCAGGCUCAGAAGGACUUCAUGAGGACAACGCUGGGGGAGCUGAAGCCCCUCCUACAGUUCUCUCGCAAAGGCACGGAGGGAAACCUGAUUGCACAGUUCCAAGAAGAGUACGGACGAGUUCUGCAGCUUCUUCAAGGUUUUAGCUUCUGCCCAGAGAAUCUGCCUCCCACCACCUCCACAAAAAAGCCUUUUGAGAAGAAAACUCUGGAGAAACAAACCUCUAAAAAGCAACUGCAAGGGCCUCCUAACUGCAUCCUGCAGACAGAUGAGCACCGAGCAGGACUUCUGGUCCGAUACGGUCCUGAGAAACUCUUCCAGGCAGAGAGAAAUUUCAAUGCAGCUCAGGAUUUGGAUGUUUCCAUCCUUGAGGGAGAUCUUGUUGGUGUUAUAAAGCAGCAGGAUCCUAUGGGAAGCAACAACCGCUGGCUUAUCGAUAAUGGAGUUACCAAGGGUUUCGUGUACAGCUCCUUCCUUAAACCCUACAACCCACGCAGGAGCCAAUCAGAUGUUUCCAUCGAGAGCCAGUCAUCAAACGAGUCUGGCUAUGGAGGCUCUUCCCCCGUUUUCUCUCGCCAAAACAGCAACAGCACACUGACCUUCAACCAGGACAUGGCCACAGUCAGCUUCUCCACAUCACAGCCCCAGAGUCAGUCAUCACCACACCCUUCCCUGGACUCUUCCUCAUCUCGUAGGAGUCACCUCAGAGACACACCCAACCCCGACUCUGUCAGCCAGAGCAAUUCUUUAAACUCCUCACCCCGAAAUCCCUCAAACAGGAGAGAAAUCUCCGACCAAACACACAGGAACUCCUCCAGCCACAGAGACUCAGAGACUUCUUACCGGCAUUCAGGCAACCACAGAGACUCGUACGAUACGAGUUACACGAGUACAAGCAGCCACAAAGAGAUGUCAGACCUUUCUGAGAGCGAUUCAUAUUCUUCACAGAGACACAGUCGCUCACAGAGGUAUGGACACUCAAACAAAGCCGACAGUUCAUACCAGUGGAAGAACGGAGAAAACAGCAGCAAGAAGAGGUCGGCUUACUCCAGAGACGAGUACAUCGAGCAGGAGGCAGAGCAGGAGAGUGAAAUAGAUGGCCAUCAGAUUUACUAUGCCCUCUACUCCUUCAAUGCCCGCUGUGCCAAUGAACUGAGCAUCUCGGCCAAUCAGAGGCUGCGGAUUCUGGAGUUCCAGGACAUGAACGGCAACAGUGACUGGUGGCUGGGAGAGGCAGGCGGCCGACGAGGCUAUGUGCCUUCAAACUACAUCCGCAAGUCUGAAUAUACAUGAAGAAGUCCCUUUGUGCAGACGACACCUGAGACUGUACUUCAGACGUAAGGAGAUUGAUUCACUCUGCGAGCAGUCAGAACAAAAAACAAAAACAAGCACCUGGGCACGCUGUGACUUAUUUUUGAUCUGUUGUCAUGGAGUUUGAUACUGAGAAGGACUGAUUUUUGCUGCUGACACUGCUCCUUUAAGUUAGCAUUAUAUGCCUAUAUUUAUAAACUUUUAUAUUAUUUUUACUUACUGGAAACUCAAGCCUAUCCCCUCUUGUUUCCAGAGGAAAGCCUGUGAAUUGAACCUGAAUUUUGCCCACAUUUUCUGGGGCUGAAGACAAUGAAUUGUACUUUUGAGAGAACAGUUAUUGGGAGAUUGCAAUGGAAAUGUGAAUGUUUUGGGUUCUUUCUAAACAAAAAUCAUGUGGUGUGCAGACAGACUGACCUUAACACUGUGUUUAUAUCUGCAUGUGGUUUAACACACCACUAGAAUGAUGCAUGAAGAGUAAAGAAGCUUUCACAUUUACAAUCAAGUUUUGAGGCACUUAUGGUGAUAAUCCACUGGUUUCCAGUUUUGACAUGACCAGAAUUUGGAGUGUUGUAUGAAACUAAAAUCGGCUCUUUGACUUAAAGGUGAGAGCAAAGUUGAAUGGUGUACGAUCUAUGGUUUACAAGCACUCCCCUUUGUAACUGGGUCUGCACAGUGCAAACAGAUGAUGACCCAUUUAACCUGUCUGCAGGUUAUUGAACUGGGAGAGAGAGCUUGUGCCCUGAUGACUCUGAUUUCUCCACAUACUUCCUGUGUACAUUAUAUAUAGUGUUUAUACUGAGAAAAUGCUAUUGCUCCCACUGUAAAGUGAUCACUGUUUGAAUAAAAAACAGCUAAAAUCAA